AUUAUCAACAUGAAACAAUUAUAAUUUAAAACUUCAAUUGGAAAGCUAAUUUUAAAACGAAAUGAUUAGUUAAUCUGGAUUAAUCUUUUGCAGAUUGAGUUUAUUUGUGUGUGUAUUUGGUUCAAUGAAGAUAUCGAAGAUUAAUCAACCCGAUUCAUCAGUGGAUAAGGAUCACAAUUAAAAGUGUUAUCAAGUUAAUUAUCGUUUUGCAAAAAAAGAAAAUGAUUACACUGGAAAGGAAAAGCUAUUUUCCUAAAAAAAUGGAACUAAAUUAAUUUCUUUUCUUUUAAAUUCUAUAACAAUUUAAUUCAAAAACUAUAUUACUUUUCUCUAUGAGAUUCCAUGUACACACACAUAUUAAUGUCUAAUAACUCAAUGAGUUGUUAGACACUUUCUCCCAAUGAUGUAAAUUGUUAAUUCUGUUUUGUUUUCCUCUGUUAUUCAAUCAACAAGUUAAUCGCUAUUUAGUUGAUUGUUAUCAGAUUAAUCAAAUCUCUCAAAAUAUUAUAUAUUGAAAUGAGUGAAAAGCAAAAAAAAUAAUGUAAACAAAAAUGUUAUCGAUGCAAAUCAAAAUAUUCCAAUAAUUGAUAUUUAAAUUUAAAUGAUCUAAAUUAAUUUGUCUCCCUAAUCGAUACAAUUUAUAUAAAAUUAUUUCGUCGCUCGAAAUAAGUUAAUAAGAGUUAACCUAAUCAAUCAAACAGAAUGAAACCAUUUUGUAUUUAAAUUAACAAUGAAAAUUUGUUAAUCGUGAAAAAUGAUCUAACAUAAAUUGUAUUAAUUAAUCAUAAUUUGUGAUUCAAUCAAUCUGAUUGAUCACAUGUAAUAAUUUACUUGAUAUUGAAUAAUCAAUCAUUAAGAAUGAAAAUUGAUCAGAAUUCAGAUGAAAUCAAUGAUGAAGAAAAGGUUGAAAUGAAAUUAAAACUUGUUAAGAAUUCAAAUCACAGGUAGUUUUAAUAGUUAAAUAAAGAUGUCUUUUGGUGAAAUGAGCGGAGAUUCAAUGUUUGACCUGACCUUGGUUGGAAAACACCAGAAGAUAUUACGUCGAACUGGAUUUCUCUCGAUUUUGGCCUGUUCUCUCGCGGCGAUUCGGAUCGCUCUGCGAGGAUCUUCACAAACGUCCAUUAUAAUACAUUCAGCGAGAAAGCGGUAAUGAUGCGAGGUUUCACCAUCCACUUGUCCUUUGGACUGACCUCAGUGUUUAUCGUGAACUGGGCUCACCUGUGGGGACAAAAGUUUUGUAUUCAACGUCACGAUGAUCCGAAAGUAUUGACCUUCAUGAGACGCGCUCGAAUUGUCUCCAUAGCCAUUACAUGUAUUGAAAUUUCUCAAAAUGUUUAUUUCCACAUAAAUAGUAUUAUUGGUGCAUUUCCACGAUCUGACCAAUGGUCAUCCACUUUGUCGGUUUUGGAAUUUAUUUCUACUUUCACAUUAUCAACAAUUACAAUAAUUGCAUAUCUGGGUAAUAUUCACAUGUUCAAUAUUAUUUAUCGAGGGAUCACCUUGUUAAUUGCUGAUUUCAUUUACUUUAAUCGACAAUUGAUCCGAUUAAGAAAUGAAAGGAAUAUUAAUCUUGACCGAGUUAGUGCUCUUCGUCGAUUCUACAGUCAGGCCAUUCGAAACACUCAAAACUUUGAACGAUUCGCUCGAUGUGAGAUUGGAAGGCUUUACAUUGCAUUCGUUUUAUUUUAUAUUGUAACUGCAGUCGAAUUUUUUUCCGCUGAUCAACCAAAGCUCAUAAUAUUGGUCUAUUUCAUUUUCGACUCGACAAUUUUAAUCUGUCUCACAAUUAAAGCGAUAAUUUUACACCAUUUCUGUCACAAAGACCCCGAAACCCUCUACGAACUUUCCCUCCCAAUGAGAUCUCAAAAGUUUCGAGAUGAGGUAAAUUUAUUUCACUACCGAUUGACCAGAAACGACGUUGGCUUCACUUGCCUUGGUGUAUUCACAUUGACCACUAACUUUGUCAUCUCAAUAAUAACCUUGAAAUUUACCAUCUUCAUGGCGAUUCCCAGUUUCCUCCCAUUCAUUGGAUCACAUUAA